AUGGGGCUGAUGGAUGAUUUCCGUGUCCGGCCAUCCAUCGGCACAUCCAAGAAUGAAGAAAUGACCGUCAACGAGAAGCCGCCGGCGCAGGAUGUCACGCCAGAGCCUACGAAAUACAGCUUCUUUAAUACGCAUCUCGACACAGUCGCUCACGCCGAUAGCGCUCUCUUGCUGCAGGCGCUAUGUGAUCCCUUCAACUGUCUCAUGGAGACGGGCUCACAUAGCGGGUUGUGGUGGCUUCAUGUGACAUCACCGUCCAACGAAGAUAUCGAGACACUUUCGCGGCUCCUCGAUAUCCACCCGCUCACGACGGAAGAUAUCAAAAUGCACGAAACACGAGAAAAGAUCGAACAUUUCGGUCCUUAUUAUUUUGUUUCUUUGCGGCUUCCGCGUGAACCAGAUUCGACUCCCGGCACUCGGGACCCGUCGUCCAACUUUUACGGCGUGGUUUUCCAUGAUAGCAUCUUGAGCUUUACUUUCGAUAAUGCCCCGCAUCCCGCCCAUGUUUGGAACCGCAUCAGGGAGCACCAGAGUCAUUUGUAUUUGACGAGCGACUGGAUUUGCUAUGCUCUAAUUGACGACAUCGUGGAUGGCUUUGCACCCCUCAUCGACCGCGUCACAACAAGCGUAGAGGUAACCGAAGACACAUUAUCCAUCACCCAACCAGACGACAUCGGCCUGGCCCUACAAAGCAUCCACAAAUUCCGGAAAGAGGUCACGCACAUUCGCCAGCUGCUAAACGACAAAACCGACGUCAUUCGAUGCUUCGCACGCCACUGCGAUGGCCUAGGCGCCUCUCCCUCAGACGUCGCGUCAUACCUGAUUGAUAUCCAAGACCACGUCUUGACCAUGAUGUCCAACCUGGCCAACGCGGAGCAAAUGCUUUCGAGGUCGCAGUCGAAAUUCCUUGGGAGGAUUUCGUUCGAUUCUACUUGCAUGCGCAAUCAGAUUGCAGAUACCCUCAGUCGUCUUACUGCCAUCGGAUCAAUUAUUGUCAUUAUGCAAAUAGUUACGGGUCUUUUUGGGAUGAAUAUUGAGGUUCCGGGUGAAUAUGUUUCUGGUUUGCAGUGGUGGUUUGGGGUUUUGGGAUUUAUUUUGGGACUUGCGGUUAUAUUUUGCACUAUUUUAAAGAGGGCGAGGAUUAUCUAG